AUGCCGGCGAAACGUCUGGGAAUGUACCACGUCCACGGUCCGACUGUGGAAAUGAUGAUGCAUACAAUGAACUCCGGACUAGUUUUUCUCUUGACUCUCCCGCUGAUUCAGGCGACCUCUGCAGGCGCCCGACUUUCGACUCGAGUAGCCCCUCCCAGGCCACCUCCACCCCGUAUUCCUCGCUCUUUUGCAAUAUCACCUCCAUCGGUUGUUGUCAAUGCUUCUGAAGGCGAGCGGGUACCGGACGGACACUCAUCUCUCAAGUUGAGCCAACCCAAUUCCGGCUACGAUAACAUGCCGUCCUCUCCUCGGUCGCCGGAGGUUGUUGCUGUACCGUCUCGGCUGGUUCUGCUGCCCAACGCUUCCAGUCUGGUGGCUUGGACAAACGGCUACCAUCCGCCGGCUACCGUGACUAGUGUAGAGCAGGCUGCUAUGAGACUAGGCGCUGCUUAUGCUGCUGCUUAUGCGGGUUUAAAAUCUUCUCCGAAUAGCCAGAGACGGCCGAAUUCCGGCGGCGAAAGAUCUUUACGGACCCUGAAUGAUGUUGAUCCCAGUCCUGGAAAGCUGAGUGACUGGACUGGCAGGCCCUCAUCUCAUUUGUCUCAACUUCCAAUCAGCGUUCAACCCACGUCAAGCGGUCUUUCCACCUCAUCAGUUGCAUCACCCACCUUGGACGAAGCUCUACUGCUGCCACCCUCGCUUCCCGAGUCGUCCCCACCGCCCCUGUUUCAACGAACCAUUCAGACGCCUUCGAGACCACCGAGAAAGGUCAUACAUGCCCAACUGCCUCUAUGCGUUGCCCAUAAUUGA